UUCCUCUUUUUUCUCUCACAACUUUCAAAAAACCCUUCUCAUAUUUUUCAGAAACAGAAACAGAAACAACGAACACAAUAUCAACAACAACAUGGUAGUUCACAAGUUUAUGUUUAUCUCAAUUUUAAUAAGUUUUAUGUUUGUAACAAAAACCUUAGCACAACAACAAACAUGUCAAAAACAAACCUUCACAAACAACGAGGUAUUCAGUUCAUGUCGGGAUCUACCACAACUUACCUCGUACCUUCACUGGACCUACGACCAAACAUCAGGAAAACUAGACAUAGCAUUCAGACACACAGGAAUCACAUCAACAAACAAAUGGGUCGCUUGGGCUAUUAACCCAAAAAGUGAUCUUUCACAAUCCAUGGUUGGAGCACAAGCUUUGGUUGCUAUUCCACAAUCUAGUGGUGUUCCAAAAGUUUAUACUUCAUCAAUUUCUGGUUACAGUACUCAAUUGACACAGAGUAAUAUUAGUUUUACUCAUUCGAGAUUAACUGCUACACAUCAGAAUGGUGAGAUUACAAUUUAUGCUACGAUUAAUCUUUCAAAAGGGACAACUUCUUUUGUUCAUCUUUGGCAAGAUGGUCCUAUGUCUGGUUCUAGUAUUCAAGCUCAUGAUUUGGGUACUGCUAAUCAACAAGCUAAGGAAAGUUUGGAUCUUCUUUCUGGUGUCACUCAACACGGAUCAACUGGUGGUUCGCGCAGUAGAAGAAGAAAUACUCAUGGAGUGCUAAAUGCAGUGAGUUGGGGAAUCUUGAUGCCCUUGGGUGCCAUAAUAGCAAGGUACUUGAAGGUGUUCAAGUCUGCAGACCCUGCUUGGUUUUAUCUUCAUGUUACCUGCCAAACAGCUGCUUACAUAGUUGGUGUUGCUGGAUGGGGAACUGGUCUCAAACUCGGCAGUGACUCGCCUGGCGUUACAUAUUCAACUCAUAGAACACUCGGGAUCGUCCUCUUCUGCCUUGGAACCCUUCAGGUUUUCGCUCUGCUACUAAGGCCAAACAAAGAUCACAAAACCAGAUUCUACUGGAAUCUUUACCAUUGGGGAAUCGGAUACGCCACUAUAAUCAUCAGCAUCGUCAACAUCUUUAAAGGGUUCAGUGCAUUGGAGGUGUCAGCAGGUGAUCGGUACGACAACUGGAAACAUGCUUACAUUGGCAUUAUUGCAGCUUUGGGUGGCAUUGCUGUAUUUUUGGAAGCUUACACAUGGAUCAUUGUGAUCAAGAGGAAGAAAUCAGAGAACAAGUUUUCACAAGGAGUUAAUGGAACAAAUGGUGUUAAUGGAUAUGGUUCUAGGCCACAGCAGGUGUAGGACCAGUGGCUAGAGAUAGAUAUAGACACUUGAUUUUGGUUUCUGAGUUCUCUCUAUAUAUAUAUGAGUUUUGUUGUUAGACACUUUUUGUAUAUUUUGUUGCAUGAGUGUAUUUAGAUUAUUCUUUCAUAGGAUAGUGAAAAUCCUGGACUGUGGUUUUCUCCAUGCUAUUCCAGAGGAUACUUUGUAUCACUUACAUACAUAUUUGUAUUUUUUCUAAUUUACUUUUAUCUUUCUGUUUUA